GGGCUGCUCUGAUUUAACUUGGAGUCAUCUGGAUGUGUGUUAUCACUCUCCGAGAGACUGUCAGCGUAAGGAUUGCGCAGCGCUGGAAAAGUCACUUUGGAAGUACCACGAGUUCACUAGCGGUGGAUUUUUACGCAUCGGAGACGCAUGGCACAACCGGACUGCCAUGACAAGAUGACGCAUUUACCGACUCUGUGGCACUUGUGAUUGAGAAAGAGAGCGAGAGAGAGAGAGAAGGAGACAGAGUGAGGCAGACGGUUUGGUGUCAGGUUGCCACAUCCGGCCGUGUCUUCUCUCCAAACAGUGCGCUCUCCGUUGCCGUGCGCUUUCUCUUUGAGACGAGAAAUGGGAUGCAGAGGCGCGCUGGGAUGCUGCGUGCUCGCUGCACUGUCUUGCUGCCUCCUCCCCGGCUGCAGAGGCAACAUAACCGUGGCCGUGAUGCUCCCGGACAACCACCAGAAGUACCCGUGGGCUCUUCCGCGCGUCUUCCCGGCACUCCUCAUGGCGCACGAGGACCUGCACGUCAAACACAAGCUUCUGCUCGACCGCUCCAUCAACAUCUUGAACUACAGCACGGAGGACCCCGCCGCGGGAUCUUGCGCCGAGAGCCGGGCGCAAGUAGUGGCCGUGGACGCCAAGCUAUACAUCCGCCCGGACGCCUUCUUCGGACCCGGGUGCGUGUACCCGCUUGCCUCCGUGGGGCGAUUCGCAUCCCACUGGAAAAUCCCGCUAAUCACCGCUGGUGGACCCGCGUACGGCUUCGACAAGCGGGAGGAGUACCGGACCAUUGUGCGCAGCGGACCGUCCACCACAAAGCUGGGGGACUUCGCCAACGUCCUGCACACGCACUUUAACUGGACGUCCCGGGCAGUGGUGAUAUUCUACGACCGGCGGCAGGACGACCGGCCGCACUACUUCCUCUCUGAGGGGAUUUACCUGAACCUGAAGGAGCAGAUGAACAUUACAGUGGGGGCCCACCCGUACCAGGAGGACUACAAGUACCACAAGGAUGUCAUUACUUUUAUCAAGGAGAGCGGGAGAAUCGUGUACAUCUGUGGGCCCUUGGAGACGUUUAUGACCAUCAUGGAACAGUUUCAGAAUGAUAUCCAGGACCCAGAAAACUAUGCUAUCUUCUAUCUGGAUGUGUUUGCUGAGAUCUUGGCAGAUCGCAAACCGUGGCAGAAAGCUGACUGGGCUGAUCCCAUCAAGGUUUUUAAGUCUGUUUUCGUCAUAACGUACCGGCCUCCUGAUAAUCCAGAAUACAAAGACUUUCAGAAGAAACUCCAUGCCAGAGCUCAGAGGGAUUUUGGUGUGCACUUGGAGCCGUCGUUGAUGGACUACAUCGCUGGCAGCUUCUAUGAUGGUUUUGUACUUUAUGCAAUGGCCUUACAGGAGACACUGGCAGAGGGGGGAGCCCAGAAUGACGGCAUUAACAUCACAAUGAGGACACAAAACCGCCAGUUCUGGGGUGUGACCGGACUUGUUUCCACAGAUGAAAAAAAUGCCAGAAAUAUUGACGUUGACCUGUGGGCGAUGACCAACCAGGAGACAGGGGAGUACGGGGUUGUUGCAUAUUACAAUGGAACCACCAAAGACAUCAUUUGGUCCCAGACAGAGAAGAUCCACUGGCCCAGUGGUGGCCCACCACUGGACAACCCCCCCUGCGUCUUUUCGACUGAUGACCCCUCCUGUAAUGAUGGUCAUCUGCCAGUUCUGGGUAUUGUAGCUGUGGGUUCUGGCUUAGCUCUCAUCAUUUUUGGGAUCUCCAGUUUCCUCAUUUACAGGAAACUGAAGCUGGAGAAGGAACUGGCAGGAAUGCUGUGGAGGAUUCGGUGGGAGGACCUUCAGUUCGAGAGCCCAAAUAAAUACCACAAGCGUGCUGGCAGUCGGCUCACCCUCUCACAGAGAGGCUCCAGCUACGGCUCCUUGAUAACUGCCCAUGGAAAAUAUCAGCUAUUUGCAAAAACGGGCUAUUUUAAGGGGAACCUGGUGGCCAUCAAGCACGUCAACAAGAAGAGGAUAGAGCUGACAAGACAAGUUUUAAUGGAGCUCAAGCAUAUGAGAGACGUUCAGUUCAACCAUCUGACUCGCUUCAUCGGGGCCUGCAUCGACCCUCCUAACGUCUGCAUCGUAACGGAGUACUGUCCCCGAGGGAGCCUGCAGGACAUUUUAGAGAAUGAGAGCAUCAACCUGGACUGGAUGUUCCGCUACUCUCUGAUCAAUGACAUCGUGAAGGGUAUGAACUAUCUGCACAACAGCUACUUUGGCUGCCAUGGAAAUCUGAAGUCAUCUAAUUGCGUAGUGGACAGUCGAUUCGUUUUGAAAAUAACAGAUUUCGGCUUGGUCAGCUUCCGCACGUCCAGUGAAAAUGACGACUCGCACUCACUCUAUGCAAAGAAGCUCUGGACGGCUCCUGAGCUGCUCAUAUAUGACCGCCAUCCUCCUCAGGGGACUCAGAAGGGUGAUGUGUACAGUUUUGGCAUAAUACUGCAGGAAAUAGCUCUGAGGAAUGGACCUUUCUAUGUGGAGGGCAUGGACCUCAGCCCCAAAGAAAUUGUUCAGAAGGUGAGGAACGGUCAGAAGCCAUACUUUCGGCCAACCACAGACAAUAGAUACCAUUCAGAGGAGCUGACCAUCCUGAUGGAGGGCUGCUGGGCCGAGGACCCUGCAGAGAGGCCGGACUUCAGCCACAUCAAGAUCUACAUGGCGAAACUCAACAAAGAGGGCAGCACCAGUAUUCUGAACAACCUGCUGUCCAGGAUGGAGCAGUACGCCAACAACCUGGAGAACCUGGUGGAGGAGCGAACACAGGCUUACCUUGAGGAGAAACGGAAAGCUGAAAACCUCCUCUAUCAAAUUUUACCACACUCUGUAGCAGAACAGCUGAAAAGAGGGGAGACCGUGCAGGCAGAGGCAUUCGACAGCGUCACGAUUUACUUCAGCGACAUUGUGGGCUUCACAUCCAUGUCUGCAGAGAGCACGCCGCUACAGUGGUUUCUAGACUUCAUCUGGACGAUAUGUCUGCUAAUGGAUAAUAUCACACUGUCAGGCCCAGUGUGUGCCGGCGUGGUGGGGCUGAAAAUGCCCAGAUACUGUUUGUUUGGAGAUACUGUCAACACGGCAUCCCGGAUGGAGUCGAAUGGAGAGGCCUUAAAGAUCCACGUGUCCUCGGCCACCAAAGAAGUGCUCGAUGAGUUUGGUUACUUUGAUCUCCAAUUACGAGGAGACGUAGAAAUGAAGGGCAAAGGCAAAAUGAGAACGUACUGGCUUCUUGGGGAGAAGACUGAUGUGUAUGUUAUCUGAGAGGCCUGCUGAUAAUGUGAGAGCAGCAGUGGUGGAGACGCCAGCAGAAGCUCCAGUGGCCGAGCCACUUCUUUUAUUUGUUCUAGAAUAAGUCUUUAAUGGUGAUUUCCCUGCAGAGGAAAGGUGAACGACACCCUACAACAACAACAAAGAGGGAAUUCCAGGUAUAUUUAUUACCUGCAUACUGAAACUGCAAAAAAAGAGAGAUUAAAACUGUAAAGUUGUUUUUGUAUGAAGAAUUUCUGUCCUGAGAGUGGGUACUUUUCACUGAUAAAUUCUUAUUUUUUGUGCUUUCUAUAUUAAAAUUUGUAUAAUGUGUUUGAAAGUCAAUGAUGUAUUCCUAUUUCCAUUGAAGUGUGCAGGCACGGUGCUGCAAUCGAUGUCACUGCAGGAGGUUCAGCCGUGUUACACAGUGCAAGAUAAUAUGUAUAUAUGUAUAUCCAAGAUACUGUAAAAUAUUUUGUUCAAUAAACUCAGUAA